UCUUUAGUAUUCAUUAUAACUCGGUGUGGAUAUGUGACACAGUCCGUCGUCUAAUAAAUAUUGGCGUUUGCAAAUUCCGGGUUGAAAUUCGGACUAUGUUAUCGAUAAACUUGAACAGUGUUCGAUCUGAGCGGUCUUUUAUGUGAUGCCGAUCCGGUAUUGAUCUGUGAUUGUUUGUGAUAUGGAAAUUAUUGGUGCACAAUAGGAUUAUACGAUGUUUGUUUGUGUAAUAUGAGUUGUUCUGAAGUUAUGUAUCAAGCCUAUUAUCCCUAUUUGUACCAACGGGCCGGGGCUGCUCCACCUGUUUCAGCCCAUCCGGUACCCAGGACCGGACCUUUUAGUUCACCUUUUGCUGCCACACAUCAAUAUGAAAGAUUCAAUGUACAAAGACUACAAGAAGCACACUCCUUACCACAGACGAGUGCGACGAGUAGCGUCGGUGCUACGAUCGGAGGACUUGCAGAAACACACCCGCUGGCGGGUCACAGUAUAUACCUUCAAGGGUCAGCACAUAGUUCUGGAGGUUCGGUCAGUUCGACGGGCGGAGUGUCACCCUCCAGCCCGCUGAGGAUAGGGAAAGAAGAAGAUUGCAGUUUGCACGGCAGGAGUAGCACAGACGAUCAUCACCAAGGUGACGACGAGGAUUCCCAAGAACCCAGUGGCUCACGAGCGCAAUAUGUAUCGGCCAACUGCGUGGUUUUCACCCAUUAUCAAGGUGAUGCGGCAUCGGUGGUAGAUGAACAUUUUUCAAAAGCUUUAGAUAAAACGUCGGCACAUGCGAAAGAUUCGCCGAUGUCAGCCCGAAACUUCCCCCCCUCCUUCUGGAACAGUCAGCACUACAGCGGUGCCAGUGGGAGUAGUCACCACAGCAACACCGCCGACCUGUACUCAGAACAUUACCAUCAGGACGCCUGGUACCAAUAUAGUCAACACCAUCGGGCCGUCCACGACUAUCACCACCACAACAUGGCCGCCCAAUACGGGGGUCUUCUGCUGCCAGGCUCUAGGUUACACAUGGGAUCCCACGCUCCCUGCAAGGCGAUGGACUGGCAACAUCCCUCGAUAGACUCACCUUACUCUUCCUAUCCUACCAUGUCAGGUUUGGAAGCCCAGGUCCAAGAUUCGUCGAAGGAGAUCUACUGGUUCUGAGACGCGCUGUAUAAACAAUAAAAACGAAAGUGACACAAGUGAUUUUAAAGUGUAAUAUGUAAAAAGUACAAACUGUUAAUAUUUAAUUGUGAGAUGGACAUUUCGAGAAAUGACGAGUAAUUUAUAAACGUAUAUCUAUAAUGGAUGAAUGUUCCUCCAACCGAAAACAGAUUAUGUAAUAUAACGACUAAUGAUGAUAAUUCAAGUAUUAAAUAUUGAAUAUUAUUAAA